AUGAUUGAAAUGAUGAAUUUCGAUAAUCUCUUUCGAUGUUUUAUAUUAACUCAAGCAUUUGUACGUGGUUGGGGAAAUCCAUUUCAUUUACAAGAAAUUUUUACCUAUCGACGUGAAAAAAUUGGUAAACAAAAAGGUAAUCAAAAUUAUAUAAAUGCUCGAUUUGGUUCACCACUUGCCAAUUAUUUACCAUAUUUGGUAAGUAAUUAAAAUUAUUUGAAUCAUUUAAUUAAUAUUAUC